UUCGCGUCGUGCUUUCUUCUCUCUCGCCGUCGGGUAUCUGGGUUUGGUUCUAGCACAAGCACCAAGGUGAAAUUUCAGUUCGUGCUCUCAGAAGAUUUGCCCUAGCACAAGAAUCGCGGUUCUGUAGUUACAAAAAGGGAUUGUCGCGCAGAUGAAGGUGAAAAAGCAGAAGAGGCAUAGGAAGACUUUGACGUUUUACACUGCUUGCUUUGGUUUCCGAAAGCCUUUCAAGAUUUUAUGUGAUGGAACAUUUGUGCAUCACCUUAUUGCGAAUCGUAUAACACCUGCUGACAAGGCCCUUAACAGCAUCCUCAAUGCUACUGUCAAGCUGUACACGACCAGAUGUGUUCUAGCUGAGUUGAAACGACUUGGUGGCUCAUAUUCUGAGGCCCUUGAGGCUGCUCAUGAACUCAUAAUUGCAAGAUGUGAGCAUGACAAAUGUAUUGGGGCAGAUGCCUGCGUCAUGGAGGUUGUUGGAGAAAAUAAUUCUGGGCACUUCUUUAUCGCUACUCAGGACACCGAUCUGCGGAAAAAGUUGCAAGAGGUACCUGGUGUGCCUCUUGUAUUUGGUCUCAGAAAUGCUCUUUUCCUUGAACCUCCAUCUGCAUUUCAGCGGCAAUAUGUCAAAAUUUCUGAAGAAGGACGAUUGCAUAUGACCAAGAAAGAGUACCAGAUAUUUAAUGAUAGGGUAAUAAAUAGAUUGGCUGGCGAGGAAGCCAAAAAUUCAAUUACUGAAAUAAUGGAAAAUGAGGGUUCAGGAGAUCAGACCAUAAAUGUGCAGGAAGUAAAAAGGAGUAUUACAGCAAGGAAUCAGUUGGACAUCAAGGAUAAACCUCAGUUCAAGAGAAAAAGAGCAAAGGGUCCAAACCCACUUUCGUGCAAGAAGAAGAAAAGUUGUGAAAACCAAAAGCUUGCUCCUUUGAAGGAAAUGAAAGCAGACAACGCAGUGCAGAAGAGAACUAGGAAAAGGAAGAGGUCGCGUAAACAGAAAAUGGCAACAGAAACAGACUGUUAGGUAGAUCAUUUUUAUAUAAUUACAAGUUAGAUAUUUAUAAAAGAGCUCCUUGAGUUUGCUCCUCCAGUGCAGAGAGAAAAGAAAAUUUUAAUCCAUGUUGGCAUCGCAGGGGAAAGUAUAUCUACAUUGGUGGGCAUUGAAUUUUAUACGGUUGUUUGUAUUUGGCCAUAAAAAUUCACAUUUAUUUACAAACUAGAAAUGGAUUGUCAUAAUAUAUUUAUCUGUGAAUGAAAUUAUUUGCUAAUUGGUUGUUAU